GAAGAAGAAGUAGAGGAUGAAGAAGAAGAAGCAGAGGAUGAAGAAGAAGAAGCAGAGGAUGAAGAAGAAGAAGCAGAGGAUGAAGAAGAUGAAGAAGAAGUAGAGGAUGAAGAAGAAGAAGAAGUAGAGGAUGAAGAAGAAGAAGCAGAGGAUGAAGAAGAAGAAGAAGUAGAGGAUGAAGAAGAAGAAGAAGUAGAGGAUGAAGAAGAAGAAGAAGAAGCAGAGGAUGAAGAAGAAGAAGCAGAGGAUGAAGAAGAAGAAGCAGAGGAAGAAGAAGCAGCAGAAGAAGAAGAAGCAGAGGAAGAAGAAGCAGCAGAAGAAGAAGAAGCAGAGGAUGAAGAAGAAGUAGAGGAUGAAGAAGAAGAAGAUAAAGUAGAGGAUGAAGAAGAAGAAGAAUUAGAGGAUGAAGAAGAAGUAGAGGAUGAAGAAGAGGAAGAAGUAGUAGAGGAUGAAGAAGAAGAAGUAGAGGAUGAAGAAGAAGCAGGUAGAGGAUGAAGAAGAAGUAGAGGAUGAAGAAGAGGAAGAAGUAGUAGAGGAUGAAGAAGAAGAAGUAGAGGAUGAAGAAGAAGCAGAGGAUGAAGAAGAAGAAGCAGAGGAAGAAGCAGAGGAUGAAGAAGAAGAAGAAGUAGAGGAUGAAGAAGAAGAAGAAGUAGAGGAUGAAGAAGAAGAAGUAGAGGAUGAAGAAGAAGAAGUAGAGGAUGAAGAAGAAGAAGUAGAGGAUGAAGAAGAAGAAGCAGAGGAAGAAGAAGAAGAAGCAGAGGAUGAAGAAGAAGAAGAAGCAGAGGAUGAAGAAGAAGCAGAGGAUGAAGAAGAAGCAGAGGAUGAAGAAGAAGAAGCAGUGGAUGAAGAAGAAGCA